GUAAAGAAAGAACAAAGAAUAAACGGAUAUUCCCCUUCAUCCCUUCUCAUCAUCCAUCGUUGAAACCCAAGGAUCAUCACUGGCAGGGGUUUAUCCGGAACCAGAACCAAAGGGUCAAGUCUGUUUGACUCUUCACUCUCCACUAACUGCUCCACUUUCGGUUUCUCCAAGGUAAGUUCAAAGUAGUUUGUGAAACUUGUGAUUGAGAUGGCUCAAUUACUAUCAUCAUCGUGCUCCUUGACUAUAUCUUCUAGAAAUAAACCUUACUUAAAACCCCUUAACCAAUGUUCAACACCAUUUUCUGUAAUGGUUGGUUGCAAUAAUUCCAGAUCUCCACUUAGAAGGCUUUCCUUGCGAGACCAGAAGCCGAGAAAAAGUUUUUCUGCAGUACAUGCUGCUGCAGUUUCAACUAGCCAGGAUACCCCAGUUCAAACUAGCUCUGGCGACCCUUUUAAAGCAAAGCGAGUCAUGGUCUUUGGUGGAGAUGGCUAUUGUGGUUGGGCAACUGCCCUCCACCUUUCUAACAAGGGUUAUGAGGUUGCCAUAGUUGACAACCUUGUUCGACGCCUUUUUGAUCACCAGCUUGGACUAGAUUCUCUAACACCAAUUUCCUCCAUCCAGAAUCGCCUUCACCGCUGGAAAGCUCUUACCGGAAAAAGUAUUGAGCUCUACAUUGGUGACAUAUGUGACUUUGAGUUCUUAGCUGAAACCUUCAAGUCAUAUGAACCCGAUGCUGUUGUCCAUUUUGCGGAACAGAGAUCUGCUCCUUACUCUAUGAUAGAUCGGUCAAGAGCUGUGUAUACACAACAGAACAAUGUUAUUGGGACACUGAAUGUGCUCUUUGCGAUAAAAGAGUAUAGGGAGCAGUGUCAUCUAGUUAAGCUUGGGACCAUGGGUGAAUAUGGGACUCCGAAUAUUGAUAUCGAGGAAGGUUAUAUUACCAUUACUCACAAUGGGAGGACAGAUACUUUGCCAUAUCCCAAGCAAGCCAGCUCGUUCUAUCAUCUAAGUAAGGUACAUGAUUCGCAUAACAUAGCCUUCACUUGCAAAGCAUGGGGGAUUCGAGCGACUGAUCUGAACCAAGGAGUGGUGUAUGGGGUAAUAACAGAUGAAACUGCAAUGCAUGAAGAGCUGUAUAACAGGUUUGAUUAUGAUGCAAUAUUUGGAACUGCAUUGAACCGGUUCUGUGUCCAGGCUGCUGUUGGUCAUCCACUCACUGUAUAUGGUAAAGGAGGCCAGACUAGGGGCUUUCUUGACAUUAGAGAUACCGUUCGAUGUGUUGAACUUGCCAUUGCAAACCCUGCAAACCCUGGGGAGUUCCGAGUCUUCAAUCAAUUCACUGAGCAGUUCAAAGUCAGUGAACUUGCCAACCUUGUUACAAAAGCUGGUGAGAAGCUAGGCCUUGAUGUAAAAACUAUGUCUGUGCCUAACCCAAGAGUGGAGUUAGAGGAGCAUUACUACAACUGCAAGAACACUAAACUCAUUGAUCUGGGACUGAAACCACACUUUCUUUCGGAUUCUCUCCUUGACUCGCUUCUCAACUUUACUGUUCAGUACAAAGAUCGCGUUGACACGAAACAAAUCAUGCCUGGCGUUUCUUGGAGAAAAGUUGGGGUCAAAACAAAAACUGUUCCAGCCUAAGAAGGUGGGUUCAUUGCUGCUGGUGUAACUUCAUCAGGCAUGAUGGCUCUUACUUGUGAUUAGAUUAUGCUGCAUUGAUUUGAAUAUUUUAAAUUGAGAUAUUGUAGGAUUUGUAUGCUAUCCAAUCCAAGGAAUGAUGCAUCUUUGUGAAACCUUCAUACCUUAAUGUAGAUUAGAGUUUAUUGUUUCAA